AUGAGUUUUCACCCUGGCCAACCUAAGCGGUUGAACACUGGCACAAACACCUUGAGUAUAAAACCAAAGGCAACAACCACCCAACCACCCCCGUACCUCGCACCAACAUCUCACCCUCCAACUCAACCAAAAGGGGUCCUCAUACCCCGAUCUACUUUCACAAACCUCGAUUCCGCCACAAGAUUUCACACAAACUUCUUCCCUCGCCUUGACGCUUAUCAAUCCAUCAGCCACGCCAACCAGCACCUCAACAUACUAAACAAAAUUCUUGACCGCGUCCUUGAUCAUGACAACCGCCCACCAGUGCAUCCCAUCACUAUAUACCUCGCAGCACAUGCUGCUUUCUCAGACCUCGCAACCACACGUGCGAUCGCUGAACGAAAUGACGCGUAUGCCACGCACACCACUGAAUAUAACACCCUUAGUGCCACUAAUGACGCACACGAGGCCACCAUUUACGUCCUCAAAGAAGAAAAGGACACCUUACUCGACAAACUCAAGGAGGCUCGUACACAGCGUGAUGCCAACUCUACCUCCAACCUCGAAGAAAUCCUCGACCAACUCCAGCAAGACAAGGACAUUCUCAUCACCAAACUCGAAAGCGCCCGCAAGGAGCGCGACGACACCCAAGCCAACUUCACUGCCUGCAUCGCUGAUCGCAACUCGCUGAACGAACAACUUGAUCACUUUCGCGCAUCCCCUCACCCCGACACAUCCGAUCUCACCGCCGACAACAAGCGCCUUCGCAAAAUCCGCGAUGAUUCCGUCGCCGAAGCCACUGCCCACACUUACACUAUAUCUGAACUCCGUGCCACCAAUGUCCAGCUCGAAGCCACCAUCUUUUAUCUCCGACACGAACACAAUGAUUUCCUCACUGCUACUCUUGCCGAAAUGGAUGCCCUACAGGUAUCCCUCCACAACGCCCAUACAGACAUCGCGCAACUCAAAACACAACUUGACACAGCACGCUCUCAGCCCAUCGACACCGACUCCACCACACUUCGUCACCGUCUCCUUCUUGCCGAGCAAAAGCUUCGCCGUAUGGCAGGUCCUCAGACACCACCGACUACUCCACCCCCACACUCCCCCUCCGGUACCUCUCACACUCAAUCUACGCAACAACUCCACAACCUCCCUGCCUCCCGCGUCAGCACUGCCAAAGCCUUCAAAUACAAUGACACCUAUGUAGCCACCAAACUCACGGGUGAUAAAAACUUCACUAAUUGGCACAGACAGUUCAGACAUAUGAUGAAAAAGCACGACGUCCUCCACACCCUACACCCCAACACUACUGCCGAUGAUGCCGAGCUCACCGUCGGUACUACGAUCCUUUUCGAAUCCCUUGGCCCCGGCAUACCCGAGCAAUAUGACACAUAUAUCUCGAUCAACCCCCGAGUCUGUUCUACCAACACAUAUGCCAAGAUUUUACCUCCGUCACAAUUGGCCGCAUUUGGGAACUCUUAG